AUGUCGACUAGAAUUGCCGUUUCUCUAGAUUAUAGCAUUGUUCAACAAGUUGCUAAUGACAUUGAAUCUCAAUUGUCGGAGGGCAAGGAGGUACCAACGAGCUCCAAAUCUGGACUAGAAUUGGCUCAUGGUACAGAUACCGUCACGGUGGAGAGUGACAUUAUCGUUGGACAAGCGGUGACAAUCACAUCAGCUAAGGGAACAAUCACCAACGAUGUAAUCCCAAUCACUCCUGUCGAGGUGAUAGUCUCAUCAACCAUUGAGACCAUCAUCAGCAGUGUAGCUGCUGCCUCAAAUGGCCAGGAUCUCCAUACUGGAAAGAUUGGGGACAGAGAUGCAACACCAGUCAAACAGGAUGUUGAGAGCACCCCUGUUGAAGACAAGAGCGCAUCGAUUGGUGAAAGUGGUACUGGAGGUGUGGAUGCCACUUCUGAAGCAGAGAGUGCCUCUAGCGAAGACUCCAGCACUGCAUCCGAGAACGGCAGCAGAGGCACUUGGGACAAUCAGGUCGAUUUCCUGCUCUCGUGUCUCGGCUAUGCUGUUGGAUUGGGAAACGUGUGGAGGUUUCCAUACCUGUGCUAUGAAAAUGGAGGAGUUUAUAUUUCCAGGAAUGCUGUUCUUCACGAGGCCCCUGGUAUUGGUCAGGUGGGCUCGAUUGUGUGGCCUCUCAUGGGCUGCCUGAUCUUCGCUUGGGUCAUCAUCUACAUCUGUUUACGAAGGGGCAUCAAAUCAUCCGGAAAAGUAGGAAUUGUGUGGUUGGAUGCAGCGGUUCAAAUCUUCUUUUCCCUGAGCACAUCAUGGGGUGGGUUGCUAACGUUGUCCUCCUACAACCGGUUCCGCAACAACUGCUGUUUCGACGCAAUGUUCAUUGCCAUUGCCAACUGCCUCACCAGUGUGUUCGCAGGAUUUGUAAUCUUCUCAAUCAUCGGAUUCAUGGCACAUGAGUUGGGAAAAGAAGUCAGUGAAGUCGUAGACCAAGGCUUUGGUCUUGCCUUCAUUGCCUACCCUGAGGCCCUGACUAGACUACCGGCUGCUCCUGUCUGGUCUGUCUUGUUCUUCUUCAUGCUGCUGACUUUGGGCCUGGACACACAAUUCACCAUCAUGGAAACCGUAGUCACCUUCAUCACCGAUGUAUUUCCAGACCUGCGCAUGAAAAAACCAAAAGUUCUCCUGGCGAGCUGCUCCUUUAUGUUUCUUGCUUCCCUCAUCUGUGUCACAGAGGCUGGGGUGUUCUGGGUCAAUCUGUUGGAUUCAUACUCAGCAAGCUUCGUCAUUCUCACCUUCGCCACAAUGGAGUGCAUCGUCAUAUGUUGGGUGUAUGGCUACGACCGAUUCAAGGGAGACAUUGGGAUCAUGAUUGGCGCAAGAAGGGUCAACAGCAUGUUCUUCAACUACUGGCGGGUCUGCUGGUGCUUCCUUACCCCUGUUGUCCUGACCUUGGUACAGUUGUACAGCUUCGUCAACUGGGUGGCGCCAUCUUACAAUGGGGAAUUUUCAGGCUGGGCGCACAUCAUCGGUUGGGCGAUUACUUGUUCGACCUUCAUCUUGACUCCUGUCUUCAUCUUGGUGGAGAUCAAGAAUGCAUCGGGAACGUUUCUUGAGCGCCUUCGAUUCAUCAGCCGUCCGACAGCAGAGUGGGGCCCAAGAAAGGAGAGGCAUUGUAUCUUGGUGCCAUAUCUGAAAAACGAGACAUCCUCCGAAAAAUGCCGAAAGAACAACUUGAAUACAAGAAAACGACAACUGUCUAAAAUGCUGGGUAAAAGAAAUGGACAAAAUGUCAAUGAAGAUGGCAUGAAAAUUCAAACAGAAACGACAAUGGAUAAAAAUCCGAAGGAAAUCACAAAAACUGCAAUGAGCAAAAAUGCUAAUUAA